CUGGGGCAGAGACACAACCAACAGUACUAGGAUCACACAGCUCACCCCCUAAGUGCAACAGCAGAGGAAAGAUAGCCAUGGAAAAGAAAUCCAGCAUAAAACAAGUCAUUGUGGAAGAAGAUGAAAAUGAAAUAGAUAGGGAUGCCGCUAACAGCCAGCUCGUGGGGGUAAAGGAGAAGGAUUCUCCUGUCCUCAAACUCAGUGUGAUGUUCAGCCCCAAUUUGGACAGUGAAAGAGUUGACAGCUCCAGUACUUCCCCUUCUCCUGUUGAACUCCCGAAGAAACAGAGUGUGGCAACCCAUUCUCCGCAGCUGAGCCCUGACCUGAUGGAAAAUCCACGAACGCUGCUCAUGCUGCUGCGUCAGAGGGACCUGGAAAUCAUGGCACUGAAAAAUGCUAACAGGAGAGAUCAAUCAGACCGGCUUGGCUGUAUUUUGCAGCAACUUGUGAAGUCAAGGCAAAAACUGCCACUUAGGAGGAGCCCAAAGGAAGAAGGUCUUCAAGCAGAAGUUGACCAGCUGAAUGAUGAGAUGAAGACUAUCAAGAAGAACCAUGAGAAGGAGAUAAAAGUGAUGGAAGAUAAACUUGCAAAGACAAAAAUGCAGGUUAUGUAUUUGCAAAAGGCAGCAAAACCCCCCUCAAGAAAGACGGAUGACGAAUCAGACACCGAGUCUAGCACUUCCUUGGAUGAAGGGGCCAAAUUAGCAUGCGAGUGCUUCGAGCUCUGGUCAGAGACAGGAACAAAGGUAACAUCAGAAACAAGUGAUCUACGGCUUCGGAGAAUUCCAAAGCACACAAGCUUUGUGGAUGCCUUUCAUAAGUUUGGAAGUAUUCCGCUGAGUGAAGAGGAAAAAGAUGAAAUAAUCCUGAAAUUAGAGAAGGCACACAAUGGUGCGCUGGAGGGAAGCUCACAGGAAAGUUCACCUUCUGAACCAUCCUCAUUGGCUGUCCUCACCUCUCAGAAAUCAGACAACUUUUCAGUGCCUCACCCCAAAAUGGUAGAAUCGUCUUCCUUCAAUUCGGCACCAUCUUCUGAGAAAAUGCCCAUGGGGAAAACUCCUUCCCUGGAUCGUUGGAGCCUUGCACAGUCUCGUCUCACUCUUGGACAGCUGUCAGAGGAAGAAAUGCACACCCACAUUUUGCCCUGCCCCUUCAUAGAAGAAUGCAGGAGAUGCCAUAUUGGUUCAGGACCAUUAAGGAUUGUGAGUGUACAUAACACGGGCAAAUUUGUCCGAAUCUUCAAUACAUUAUUGAACAAGGAAAUAGAUUUAAGUGGCUACAUCAUCCAGCAGUGCGUUAAAGACUUCCCAGUGUCUAUCUAUCGUUUCCCGAAUGGCACCAUUCUGCCUGCACAACAUCACAUCACAGUGUGGGCUGCAGGGGCCAACCUAGCUCAUGAGCAAGCUUCAAACAUGCCACUAAGCAAGCAACAUUUUUUCAGAACGGGUCCAGAAUGUACAACCUGCCUCUGUGACUACCGUGGCCAGAUUAUUUCACAAUAUAGAGGUCCUCAGCACUUCAUGGCAGCUGCAGACGCCUAUAGCGAUAAUGUGGACCUUUCAGUGGACAAAUUUCCACUCAGUGAAGAUGAUGAAACUUUUGAGUCCUUGCCUUCAAGGCCAGAGGUAGCUUCGUCCCAACGAAUUCGUAGAACUUCAGGCAUCUUGGUAAACAAAAGGUUCCAUGGACACUUUUCUUUUGAUUCUGCACAAAGUAGCAAAAUGCUGCUUAGUCGUGCCACAGGUAUCAGGACGAAAAGCAGUGAUGCAAGCAGCGAAACUUCCAGCUUAUAUUCAGUUUCCUCAAAAAGUUUGCUUCCACUCAUGGAAAAGAAUAGCAGUUCUUCAACCAGCGAGGGAGAUUUUGCUUUUCAGACAUGGCAGCCUCAAAUUAUGGAACCAGAAGCUAGAGAAUUCAAGACUACGCUGGAUACUACACUUCCCAUGGUGUCCCUGAUAGGACAGAGGAGUGCUCGCUCAAGAUAUGGCUUCAAGCAUAUGACUUACAUGCCCACUAUCACUGAUCUGCACCUAAGGAGGUACUGUCCUGCUAGAUGACAUGCUGAUGAAUGUCAGCAGCAAAGGUGGUUUGCAUGGCUUUAAAUACACAGCACAACUCUGCAGUUUGCCUGGCAUGUAUCUUUGUGACUUCCCCUUCCAAUUCCGAGGCAGUUCUUUGUGCCAGCUUCACUAUCUUGGAAGGCGUAAGACAAGAAGCACCACAUUAAUGGUGACGGGAAAGAGGCUUUAGGAGGCAGAGAAAAGAAGUAAAGCUACAUAUUGCUAGGAAUUUGGGAGACUCCCCAUUAUCUUAAAUUUAGUAAAGGGGUAGAAUUUACCCCUAAUUUUUUGAAGUAUGAAGGAAAGAUGCCAGGCGAGUUAAAAAACUCAUGCUGAACCAGUUCAGGAGAUUGCUGAUAGCAUUGAUGUCAUUAAAAACAGGAGAACUGUUUAUGUUGUGAACCACUCUCAGAUCUAUGGAGAGAGGGCAGUAUACAAAUUUAAUAAAUAAAAUAACUACCAGUCCAUUAAGAACAAUUGAUCAUCCACAUGGUGUCCUUUCCCCCAGCCGUGUGUUAAGUUAGCAGAAGAUAAUAGCAAAGUUGAGAGGGGGAGGUUCCCAGGGUAACAGUGGGGCGUGAUGUCAGCACAGAAAGAGAGGGCAUCCUUUUGCAACAGACACUUUGGGGUUUCUGGGAAGAAGGGGCAGGAAGUGGGCAGAACAGCAGGCUGUUAGAAAGAGACAUGGGGAGGGCGCUUGGGAUGCCUCUGAAUCCAAGGCUGCACUGCUGGGAAGGACAAGUCCCUCUUGUGAUGUAAAUGCCGUGAACUCUCUCUCUU